UGCACGCACGCACUGUUUGAAAAGGGCCUUAAAAAUUUGAUUUAGUACAAUGGUGAAAAUCUUCGUUGGGAACCUGUCGCCAGACACCACAGCGGAUGAGAUUCGCUCGCUCUUCUCUCAGUAUGGGAAGAUCUCCGAAUGUGACAUCGUGAAAAACUUCGGCUUUGUGCACAUGGAUGACAAAGCGGAGGCAGAUGAAGCUAUCAGAAACCUUCACCAUUACGUGCUCAACGGUUUGGCAAUGAACGUGGAGAUGAGCAAAGGGAAACCCAAGACUUCUACAAAACUUCACGUAGGGAACAUCAGCAAUACCUGCACGAACCAAGAACUCAGGGCUAAAUUUGAAGAGUAUGGACCUGUGGUGGAGUGUGACAUCGUCAAAGAAUAUGCUUUUGUACACAUGGAGCGGGUUGAAGAUGCUAUGGAGGCCAUCAGUGGUCUGGACAACACGGCCUUCCAAGGCAAACUGAUGAGCGUGAAGCUUUCGACUAGCCGCCUGCGUACCGCGCCGGGAAUGGGAGAGAGAACGGGUUGUUAUCGGUGCGGGCAGGAAGGCCACUGGUCCAAAGAAUGCCCAUUGGACCAGAACGGCUCCUACCGAGAGGGCUCAGGCUCGGCAGGAUGUGGGCCCCUCAGGUUUGGUGGGGGUGGCGAUCGUGGCGGCCGGGGUUUUCACCGUGGCUUCAGUGGCGAGCAAGGCUACAGUGGAAGCUUUGUACCCUCGCAUGGCUUCACCAGGGGAGCAGGGUAUUGUGUCCCUGGGUAUGGAAGGGGUGCAGGUUUUGAGAGCGCAAUGAAUUACGGUUUGCCAGCGGGCUACGGGAUUGGCGCGGAUAAUAGCAUGGCCCCGGUGUACGGAAACGAGGCUGCCUAUGGGAGCAGUGGCAUGGGCUACGGGGGUUCGUUGCCUGCGUACCCGAUAAGGCGACCACCCUUUGAGGAACGAGAUCCGUACGGGGUGGUGGACUUCUACGAGAAGUAUCGGGCACGUCCGUACGGAACCAGUUAUUUCGAAGAUAGACACGCGGUUCCACCUCCUGUUCCUCCUCCCCCGUCUUCCUCUGCGAUCGCGAGGUCCUCCACUAACCUUGACCCAUAUGAGAGGCGUCCCCUCCCCCCUCCUCCAGCUCCCACAUCUUCAUACUAUGUCCGCGACCGAAGCCCAAUCCGGCGGGUUCCCAUAGAGGCGGAGGGAUACGCGUACGAUCGCGCGGCCCUCUCCCCUGUCACUUCGCUACCCACCAAUUCUGUAUAUGACGUACCGCGGGAUCCAUACGCCGAGCGAGCUCGCUAUGCUUACUAACCUAUAAACUGAACACAUUCAGGUGAGAUCUUUUUAGAAAUACAAAAGGUGAGAUCAAAAUUUGGUAAAGUACUAUGAUCCAUUGUGUCACUCAUCAUGAGCUGUAUUUAUGCCCUUAAAGUCCGUGUAAAGUCAUUUCAGAGAAUUGUUUCUAAACACAUUAUAGAUGUUAGAAAUGUAUUGCUGAUACACGUUACAAAGACUCUGAACUAUAUAGUACAGAAUUGUGGAGUUAAACAGUUUUUCCACAUUUCUCUGUUUAGGAUUAUUAGGGCGGGGCUUAAACUGUGGGUCGAUGAGGCCCUGGAGCCAGAGAGCAUGGCCCUGCCCUAAAACACAAUAGCGAGCAUCCACUUAGAUUUUGCUGGGUGGUUUUUAACACAUUUUUCUGUGGUGUGACAAACUGAGAACACCUUUUAAUAUCGGACUUUACGUGGACUUUAAAGUUACGGUUCUGCCCAGUGUAAACUUGAACCUCACAGAGGAUAUUUACAGGUCCCAUUUGUUCAAAAUGAUUAAUAGACACAUUCCCAGAAUAUGUUUAUUUACUUUUUUUAAGAUUAGCUAAAAACAAGAUCUUACUAUACAUUUUAUUAUUUAUAAAGGGUAUGUUAAUAAGUUUAACUGGCAACUUGGUGGUAUGGAUACUUUAACAGAAUGAAUAACUGACUGAUUAACACAUUUUUAUAAUAGAUUUUUCUCUUUGCAGGUGUUUCUUGGUUUCUCACUGAUCAUUUUAGAAGAACGAUGCAUUCAAUUUUGGCUGGAUUAAGGACAUUACAGACAGCCCAUGUCUUUACUAAAUUACUUUUGUUGUCUUAGCAAAUGUGUUGUAGCCCUGUGGUUUUAGGUGCAAAGAACUGUAAAUAUUUUUUACCAUCAUUAAUAGUUUAAAAGCAUAAAAAGAAUUAUGUUCUUUUUCUGUAGAAAUUAUCGCAAAUAGUAUUUUGGAUGCAGAUUGUGCCUGCAGUUGCUCUGGACAGUCCCAGUAUUGUCAAUAACACCUUUUCAAUUGACUUAAUCUUGAAUUGAACUCUUUUCUCCUAAGGAGAAUAUGCCAGAAUACUCUUAAAAAUGUACUGUAAAAUUCUUUCUGCGCAAACAUUUUAUCCAGAUUGCGACCCUUACCUUUAAAAUUUUGAAAUGGAAAAAUAACAAGAAUACCAAUUGUGAUGUUCAGGCUACAAAACUGAGGCGGAUGAUUUUUCAUUAUUCUACCUCGUUUGGCCUACUCUAAAAAUGAACAAUCUCAGAUCAAUUAUGGGGGCGGUUUCCCGGACAGGGGUUAGACUAGUCCUAGACUGAAAUAAAUGUAAGAGCUGUCCAAAAUGAAAACAACUUGCACUGACAUAUCUUAAAAUACAUCAGUGUCCUCAUUUUUUGCCUCAAAAUGCACACAAGUAAUGUUUUUAGUAAGGCAUGUUUGUUAAAACUAGUUAUAUUUCCUAAUUAAACUAAGGUCUAGUCCUGGCUUAAGCUAAUCUCUGUCCGGGAAACCAUCCCAUGGUGAAUUGUAAUAAACCAGUCCUUGUUUAAUUUGAUAAAAAAAAUCUGAAAAGAUGAUUUUGCAGUUUUACUUUGGAAAUUCAAUUCAUGUUCUAAAUGUGCUGUUAAAUUCUUAAUAAAAUAAUUCUUCCUAAA